AAACGACAGGCGGCUUUGAACGAACCUGAUUUUUUUUUACCUUCCUAAAGCAAAUGCUGUGGUGAAUUUGAAAUCAGCUACCUCUCGUCAAGGUCACGUGUGUGUUAUCGCUCACCCAAUUUUAAACUUGAAUGCACAUAAUUAUCACUGGUUUUGGGCUUUAUGGAAGUUGCGAAUACAAUUCUAGUUCGUUGGCUGUUAAUCGUUUGAGACAAAUUUGGAAUAAAACUUAUACUGAUGCUUAUACUGGUAUAAAACUACACACAAUAGAGAAUGUUCCUGUUACGUAUAAAGCUGUUGACCAAUGUGUUAAUUCUAUCUGGAAAGAAAACCCUGAUUUAGUGAUACAUGUCGGUAUGGACGCCAGUGUGACGAUGCCAAUUUUGGAAACUCUGUCAUAUAAUAGUGGUUACGAUAAACCAGAUAUGGAUGGCGCUUAUUGUGGAAAUAAUGGUUGUGUUAGUAUUCAUGGUGAACCAAUCCUUUAUUGUAACAUGAAUUUGAGUAAAGCAUACAGUAAACUAGUGGAUAAUCAUAUCGCUUGUUCAAUUUCAAAUGAUCCAGGCAGGUUUUUAUGUGGCUAUAUAUACUACAAAUCACUGGAAUAUUCACCUGAUCGAGUUGUUUUCAUACAUGUCCCAUGUGCAGCUAGAAUGUCUGUUGAAGAUACUGCUAUUUCACUUCUACAGAUAAUUCGUGAACUAACUGCUUUAAAAGGAGUUAUAAUUCCUUAUACAUUGACUACUCAACAGCAAACUUCUUAAAAUUUUAUUUCCUAUAAAUUUUUGUGAGUGAAUUAGUGGAACCUCAAUUAACCUGCGCAAUGAUCUUCUCUAUACACUGAGAAAAGCUGAUUUCAUGUCAUUAUUUUUAUACUCAUUAUGCCUGCAUUCUUUUAUGCUCUGACGGCAUUAACAAACCAUUAAAAUGAACUCAAUUUUCUGUACAAAAUAAUUUACUUUCAGGUAUAGAAAAAAUAAAUUCAUUUUCAGGUUUCUUAUUUUGCUUUGUUGACCUGAUUAUUAAAAACAAAAGUGUUUGAAAUUCAUGCUAACAUUUAUAUAUAGUAAGUACUAAACAAGUAAUUAUCGAUCUAUUUUUCAACAAUUUCAUAUCUGUCAUAGUUUAAAACAGUAACGACAAUCUCUCUGUUUCAAAAAGCCCAAAAAUAAAUGUUAAGGCGGUAUUAUUUUUACGGAGUGAUGUGUUUCAGUCGAAGGAAUUCUAUUUACAGUUCUUGAAUCUAUAUCCAAGCUUUUAUUGUAUUUAACAUGUAUUUUAUGAUACAUAUACCAAUAAACUACUUA